UAGAUAUCACGAAGUCCUUAUCAACAGAGGAGAUAAGGAUACCAGGGACCGUGUUUUGUUGACUGUGUUCUGUAUUAAGAGGGAGGAGGCUGUUGCAGAGACGUGCAAGAUAUAAGAGACUUUCCCUCUGAGAAGACUUCGCCGUCGCCUCGCCUCCCUCGCUGCCUCGCCCCCCUCCUUCCCAUGCCGCCGCGACAUCCUUCCGCCGCCAGUUCUGGAUCCCGAGAUGCCGUGCCAUUCCCUGUCAGUACCGAAAAAGUACAACCAGCUUAUGACAGUGACACCAGACUUGACCCUUACUCAUCGGGCGUGCAAUAUCAAGCAACGACGAUGCAAUAUACAACAGUCAGUCCCGUCGUCGUGGCCUGUGCAACCUGCCCCAUUUGCAAGGCCGGUUUUAUUCAGCAGGAAUUCCCUCUUGGUCUCCUCUGCUGCUUUCUUGUGAAGAGAAUCAGAUGCAGUAAUUGUGGCAAGGAAUUCUAGAGGUUUAUGAAAGAUUGUUAAAAUGACGAUUGCUAUUGUUAUUGUGUUUUGCUGAAGAUGAUUGUUAUUGUUGUAAUU